AUGCACCUGACUCGCCUAAUUCUACUGCUGCUGGUUGUGCUUGCUGCCAAUGUUAAUCCUGUUGCGGCGACCGAGGGUGAGUCCAGUGUCUCCCACACGAGCAGCCAUCGCGUACUCACGGACAAAAUCGACUUCAAGGCUGGGGAGUUGGCGAAUUCGGAGCUCGAGGAGAGAGGGGUCAUGACUUCAAUUGCCACGAGAUUCAAAGCAAUUUUUAAGAAGAACUCUGGUCUCAGCAACAAGGUCGGGAGUACACGCCAGAGUUCCGAAAUAGUCAAAACGUUGGAGAAGAUGCCCAUUGUGAAAAAGCUGGAGACAGCCGUGAAGGACAAUCCGACUCUUGUCAAGGCGCUGAGCAACCCGGAAUCAAUGAAAAAGUUGGCCAGGGACCCUCAAGUUGCGAAGUUAUCUGCUGUGUUGGAGCAGAACAACGUCAAGGUCACCAAGGAGGGCAUUAACAAGCUUCGAUCCGCUGCGGGCAACGAUCCCGCUAAACUCAGCACACUGGAGGUUAUCGACGGCGUAGUAGGGGCGACCAUGAUUACUGCUAUUUCCGCAGCGGUCUUUUUUCUGUUAGUAGUUGGUACAGGCUGGGCUGCAGUACUGUUUGUGGAUUCAUUCCUACAAGGCGUUGAGAGAUGA